CACUGCGAGGCAAUCGAGUCGUCCACUCGUCGGGCGCACCACACCGCAACGCAACGCAACGCACCGCACACACACGCGGACCCCCCUUGCUCGUUCGCCCCGGCCUUCCAAACCGACAAAACCCCAAAAGCACAAACAUGGACGACCGUCCUSCCGGGACCCUGGAUGCGCCGGUGCCGCCCGCGAUCGCACCAAAGCGGGAGGAUCGGCAGCAGCAGCACGACGACGAUUCACCCCUGCGGCUGAGCCUGGUGGUCUGCAACAUCCAGAAGAUCGCCAACGUCAAGGCGAUGCUCUCGGCCGCGGCCGCCUUUGGCUGCUCCGAGGUCCUCCUGGUCGGCCAGGAAAACAACGCCAGGCGCMRGGGAAUCUUCCCCCCGCCCUUUCUCGAGGCCCUGGACCGGGGAAGGAUCGCCCUGCACCGGUUCCCGAAGUGGAGGGACUGCGUCUCCUACAUGGACCGGGAGGGGAUCUUCCUGGUCGGGGUGGAGAUCGACGAGCGCAGCGAGCUCCUGGACGAGGGCUACUUUGCGCGGAACUUUUCCGGGGGCGGCCGGCGCGUCGGCGUGCUCAUGGGGAACGAGGGCCAGGGCAUCCAGCCAACGCACCUCAAGAGCUGCGGCGGACUCGUGCGGAUCCCCCAGUACGGGGCCGGGACGGCCAGCAUGAACGUCAACGUGGCCACCAGCAUCGUCCUGUACCGGUUCCGGAAGUGGAACCGGACCGGGGGCCGGAAGGAACACCAAACCCCACAACAACAACAACAACAACACCCUCGCCCAGCGGAAUCCUAGUGCCGGUGCGUGCCGUACCACACGCGCUUUCGUCGCAAACGCAACCGCGGCCACCGCUUGCAAAAUAAACGACCAAGACACCG